UACUUUUUAUUUAUUUAUUUAUUGGUAAGAGUAUGUUAACUAUUUCCGUUCCGGACUGUCCAUAGAGAACACUGUAUAGAGCUCAGGCGGCGGAUUCCAUGAAAAGUUCCAUCCUCGCUGAGGUGAUCGCCGCGUUGCUAGGAGACGGCGCGAGGCCCCAACUGCCGCCUGAAGAGUAAAGAGGCGGGGCUACCGAGUACGUAACGUCCCCUGUAUCCUGCACCGGAGCCGGUGACCGCCACAACCCCGGGAACUGGACGGGAGGGAGAUGUCUUUCUGCCUGACUGAGCUGUACCUGUGGUCUCUGAAGAAUACCUUGCAUGUUGGAGAUGAAGAUCUCGGAGUACAUCAUUAUCACGACAAGAAGGAAUCAGCUCCACACCAGGAGUAUGGAUACCUGGAGGAGAAGCAGCAGCUUUCUGAAUCACGGGGCAUCCCUUGGGUACUGAAGAACAAGCGCCCAGAAAAGCUACGAGACAAUCUCAUGGAGCUUGAGGAGCUGAUGCAGAGCAGUGAGUGUGUGCUCAGCAAAUGGAUGAACAAAUAUGUCUGUCAGCUCCUCUUCGGUUCAGGUGUACUUGUGUCCCUAAGCCUUUCAGGGCCCCAGCUGGACAAGGUGGUGAUUGACAGGACCCUGGUGGGGAAGCUCAUCUCCAACCCCAUCAGUGAUGCUGUGUUUACCGACACUUUCAUCAUCUUGUCAUUUCUCAAGGAAAACAAACUUUGUUUUAUUCAGUUUACAAAAAAGACUGGUUCUCCCGAUAUAAACAAACACAUGGAAAAACUCUCCUCUCUGGAUAUGAAGAUCACAUAUAUUGAUAUACCAGGACCAAAGGUUCGGCACCUCAAUCGACGUCUUUCCAUAAAUUGUGUACAAGAUAUUGCCGUUUGUUGGUGGCAGGUACCUGAUGAUGACAUCUGGCCUUGGACUCCAAUAUCAAGUGAGAAAGACAGGGCUAACCUAGUGCUGUUAAGCUGUUCUAAUAACAGGCUUGAGGUACUGAGCUACAUCCGCACUGAGGGAAAUAUGCUUGAUGCUAGCUUCAGUAUUACUCAACCUUAUCAGGUACAUACAGUAGAACACUCAAUGAACAAUGACAAGGAACCUAUGGUCGACAGCUGCGUCUAUGAGUGUGCAAGAAACAAAGUUCAGUGUGUUACCGUCACUAAAAUUCCCCUCAAUUCCCGAGCUAUAAGCUGUGGCAGGAACAGGGCAGAGGACAAGCUUAUUCUUGGCUGUGAAGAUUCUUCAGUAAUUCUCUAUGAAUCCCAACGUAGAGUGACUCUUUUGGCCCAGGCUGAUGUUCUGCCCGCAUUAGUACAUUGCCACCCGGCUGAAUGUAUUUUUGUAGUGAGCAACAACCAAGGAGAGCUUCAACUAUUUGACAUUGCACUCUCCCCCAUUAAAGUCCAACUUCUUGCUGAAAGCAUUUCCCCAGCAUCCACCCUCCAAUGCAAUAAACAGUUUGAGGUGUCCAGUAGCCUGGUGGACAUGAAGUGGACUUACCCUCACACCACAGCGCAGUGCAUUGAUGGGGCCGAUAUAUAUAAUCUUCUGUUCCUGAGAUUUCAUGGGGGACCCUUAGGAGUUCUUCAGUUCAAACUUGGUGCUGUAUCCAGAGGACAGCUGGGCCAUAUGGAGCUUGUUUCUCAGUACCUCCGCCAUGAAGAAGUAGAUGAAGCCAUCGCUAUACUGACAUGUAUGAGCUGGAACACUGCUGGUCAGAAAUGCUAUACAUGCAUGAGUGCCAUAGUAAACCAUCUGUUAAGGCAGAAACUUACUCCAGAAACAGAAGCUCAGCUUGAGGCCUGCCUUGGUACCUUCUAUUCACCAGCCUGCCCUCUUCUGGACACCAUCAUAAUGGAGUAUAGAGACCCACUCAGUAGAUAUGCCCGCAGAUUCUUUCACCAUCUCCUGAGGCAUCAGCGAUUUGAAAAAGCCUUUCUGCUUGCUGUGGAUAUUGGUGCACGGGACUUAUUCAUGGACAUCCAUUACCUUGCACUAGAUAAGGGUGAAUGGGCACUAGCUAAAGUGGCAAAGAAAAAGGCUGAGGAAAUAGAUGCAGAAUCAAUAAACUCUGGAGUUGAGUCUAUGGUGGCAGCGCAUAGACUGGAUGAUGUAAGUGAAGCUUUUGUUGAUCUCUCUUUGGGUCAGCAAGACCAGAGGUGUUCCUCUGUGGGCUCUAUGAGAAAUGUCACCGGCAACAGACAAUUAGUUCACAUAGAGAACGAGAUUGGAAUUGAAGUCUAUGCCGAAUCCCUGAAUAAAACACUACCUUGGAAUCGGGAGACACAUUUAGAACAGAAGGCACAGCACAGUGGGCGUAAAUUAAUGUUCCUCAUAUUUGUGCAUGGGGAGCCUUGGAAUGAAAGGCAAUGAGGUAGUCUGCCAGUAUUUUAUUUUUAACCAUACUUUGCUCUUAUGAACGGACAUAUUCAAUCCGUACAAGGCUUUCAGUGAGGAGGGUUUUUUUAUAUAGUAUUUUUAUAUAAUUUAUAAAUGCAAAUAAAAUAAAAAAUUGGCUAUGAGAGGACAAUAUUUCCCCCAGAUUUCAUGUAACAAUGUGUUUGGAAAGUGCAAUUUAAAUGCAGUUCUGUACAUGGUUGGAGAGAAAGACACCUGCGCACCUUAUAAA